UUAACGUUGAAAUGAAUAAAUAUUAUAUUUGGGUGAAAUUUGCAAAUUUGAAUCAAUUAAUUGUUUGAUAUAAAACUUUCACCCAAAUAUUUAUUCAAAUUUGACCCAAAAAAAAAUUGAGAAAGCAUUAAAAGAUGUUUUCAGCUCUGAUCUUUAAUGUCUCUUCUGUAUCUGCACUUUCUCUCUGUCUCUCAUUCUCUAUAGGGUAAUGUAGCUUCAUCGGUUCGGUUGCUCCACGAAACAAAAAUGUUGUUACCUUGAAAGAGAGAAGAAAAAGAAAGAAAGAAAAAGGGUAGCUUUUGCAAUCAAAUCAGUGUAAAGCUAUGGAAAAGAAGAAGAAGAAGAAGAAGAAGAAGACUGAUUAUACGUCUCAUGAAGCUACUAAAUCGAAUGAACUCUUGAGAAAGGAAGACCAAAACCAUUCUAAUGUGGGACUUUCUGCUCUAAAGAAUGCUGCAAUUAGUACCUCUUCAGAUGACAAUGCACCUCCCUCGAAUCAACAAUUUCAACCCGUUGUUCAAUGGCCACAAUCAACCCAAUCAAUGGAACAAUUGCCAUUAAACUCAAAACCUUGUGUAUCCAUCCAAUCACCCUCGCCCACCACCCUCCUAAGCCAAUGGCCACUAUCACAGCAUCAGCAACCAAACCAACCACCCCCACAUCUAACACAACCAGCCAUGCCCUUUUGGUUGGCCCAACAGCCUGGUUACCAAUUAAGUGGUGCCAAUGCGCCGUUUGCUCCUGUUGGAAGAACCGACAUUAGUUGGCAAGGUCCUGCAACUGGAGGAGGAAUUUCAAACCAAGCUCAGAUUCCAAGCUUUUGCUACCAUGUUAAUUACCCAUAUCCUGGCUUUCCAGGUCCUUGGGAUCCCACAUCUUGGUGGGGUCAAGCGCAACAAUCACUGCAUCAUUGUGCCUAUUCUUUCCCAGGAGCAUGUGGCUAUCUUUCUUCACGGUCACCACUAAUGCCUGGUUGCUCAGCCGACUCCACUCAAUUUUUUCAGAGAGGAACCAUUCAGCCACCACCAAAACUUUCUCAGAAGCACCAAUUACUAUGGGAAGCUCAAUCAGCAGAGAAUGUUCAGCUAUGGGCUGUGGUUGGUCAAUUGCAAUCUGAAUUGGCUGAUUACAAAAGCCGCUUAAUCAAGCUCGAGUCAGAGGUUUUCUCUGAAAAACCAACAAUACACGAGCCCACCACUCUUGCCAGUGGGACUUGUUUAGCUGGACAAUCAUCAAAGAAAGGGAGACCAAAGAAACAAAUUUCUUCAGUUGAUGCUUUACCUCGUCCUUGUGGUCGAAAGCCUGCGCAAUGUAAUGUUCAAGCAGAUGAGGCAAAACAACGAGGUUUCAGAAAGAAAAGCCUAAAGAAAAUUGAACAGAAAGAAAAUCCUGUUCAGCAGCCCAAUGGUGGAAACAAUGCAAAUGUCUUAACUAAGUGGUGUAGUGGAAUAGAGAUUUCUGGACCUAAUCCCUUAUUUCCCAAUCAAAUUCAUAAUGAUAUUCCCAGUGUCGGCCUUUGUUCUUCUGAAUUAAAAGCUAUUGACAAUGAGAAUGGAGACUCCAAGACUGUUUUUUCAAUGUUCUCACAUCAGGUAAAGGGGGUUGAACCAAAAGGUGCUUCUGAGAAUAAUGAAAAUUUUGUGUCGACUUCAAAUAUCCCAUCUGGGCAAUAUGGAAGAGAUUUGAUAAACAUUAGCACUCAAGGCUAUUUCAAUGCUGAUGCCAAUGUUACAGGAGAAGGAAUGAGGAAUGUUGUUGUCGGAUGGAGCUUUGGGAAUGAAGAGGCCGCUCCUCGGAGUCUUCAAAAUGCUGCAGUAGAUUCAGCCAAUGAUGAAGAUGAAGAGAUGGAGGAGGAUGAUGAUAGCUUGGGCGCUGAAGAUAUUGCAUGAAAAGAUGAGGGUGGUUACAGCAUUAUGCUCCUAAAGAAUUUAAGUUCAAGAGGUUUGCUUCGGUUGAAUAGCUAGUGACAGAAUUUCACUGUUUCUUACAUUAGUUCUUCUUUUUUCCAAUUUUGGAUUAUCACGUUAGUUUUAGCUGAUUAUGUGUAUUCCUGGCUCAGUUGGGCUUUCUCUUCCUGUAGAGAGGAAAGAGGUCGACCCAAAAUUUUGCGAAAGAGCAGGAUUUCUGUAUUUAUUUUGAUCCUUUUUUUUGACGUUGUGAACAAAGUAUAAGAGAUAAUGGUAUCAAAUUUUUUAGAGCAAGCAUCCAU